AUGAGAAUCAAAACGACCUCCUUUUGGCUCUUGGCCUCGGCUUUUGCUCUAAUUUCUAUUGUAAUUGCCCUCUAUGGAAUCUCUCCGUCCCCUUCAACAAGUUCUCCAAUAAGAACUGAAGAUAGCUCUAUUCUUACUAUUUUUGAAAGGGUUAUCAAGAAAAGCGGGUUAGAGGAUAUCCAAUCUGUGGUAGCAAGUUUCUUUUCAAGACACCAUCACCGGAGGAAGCCCAAAAUCAAAUGCGACCCGAAUAAAUGGAGAUCUAAGCUAAUAUACCGAUAUAAAGUGUCUCUUGUAUUGACAGUGGACUUGAAAGGUUGUGGAAAUUUUAGCAGCAUUCAGAAGGCUGUUGAUGUUGUUCCAGAGUUCAGCUCCUCUACCACUCUCAUCAUCAUGGAUUCUGGUAUUUACAGGGAGAAGGUGAUGGUGCAUGCUAACAAAACAAACCUCAUAGUUCUAGGCCAGGGCUAUCUCAACACCGUCAUAGCAUGGAACGAUACUGCAAAUUCUACUGGUGGAACUGUUUAUAGUGCUUCAGUUGCCAUUUUCGCUUCUAAUUUCACGGCUUACAAUAUUAGCUUUAAGAAUACAGCUCCUUGGCCAUCUCCUGGAGAAGUCGGUGGGCAGGCAGUGGCACUUAGAAUCGCAGGGGACAAAGCUGCAUUUUAUAGAUGUGGAUUUUAUGGAGCUCAAGACACGCUCCAUGAUGAUAGUGGGAGGCAUUAUUUUAGAGGAUGCUUCAUCCAAGGAUCGAUUGAUUUCAUUUUCGGAAAUGCUAGAUCACUUUUCCAGUCCUGCACCAUUAGUUCCAUUGCAGAACAACCUAAAGCUGGAGCAAGUGGAUCUAUUACAGCUCAAGCAAGGCAAUCAAUGAACGAGCAAACUGGGUUUUCCUUUGUGAAUUGCAUCGUCAUUGGAAGUGGGAAAGUAUGGCUUGGCCGAGCUUGGGGAGCCUAUGCUUCCGUAGUCUUCUCUAAAUCAUACAUGUCUCAUGUUGUAUCUCCAGAUGGAUGGAACGAUUGGAGAGACCCUUCUAGAGACCAGACAGUAUUCUUUGGAGAGUACCAGUGUUUUGGACCUGGAGCAAACUUCACAUCUAGAGCCUCGUAUGGAAAGCAGCUUACACAAUACGAGGCAGCUCCCUACAUGGAUAUUUCAUACAUAGAUGGUAAUCAAUGGCUCUAUCAGCAAAACAUUUUGCCCAGCAUUUCUAAUGAUGAAAGGGACGAAGAAAACAUUUUCUCCAGCUAUUCUAAAAAUGACAGGGAUGAAGAGUUUACCCGAGCAUACUAA